AUGGUCGUGAUGGUCGCUCACUUGCUUGCGAGUGAGACUGCGCCUAGCGUCCACUUGCUGGCAUUCAACUCUCACUUGUGGCGCUACGUAGCUGGACUCUGCUCAGCGGCCACACCCCGGGCAACCGUCUCGACCGGCGAGCUAAACCAGGUGAGGGGGCCCUGUGCGCUGUGCCGUGUGCACAGGGUUUGCGGAUUCCGUUGGAUGGAAGGUCGAAUGGAACAUUGCGUCGGCACCGCCGUGACGUGGUUCGUCUCUGCAGGCCGCUGGACAGCCGGUGACGGGAUGGAUCUCCACAUCGACAUCGCCUUGACGCGCCCACCUACGCCGUCGGAGACCGCGGCUUACGGCGAAUUCGAGUCGCUCUCCACUACAACCCGAAGUCGUGGUCCCAUAAUGGAGUUCAGCCGUGCCAUAACGGCACAUGGCAGCCCUAUAAAGGGAUGGCACUGCCAGCCCCCACGAGGGAAGUGCCUAGAAAAGGUGGCCUAAACAUUGCUGGGUACCACGCCGUCUACAGGCUACCCAGGGCCGCGGACGUCUUAUCAUGGUCGAAACAAUCAAAAUCGAAACAACAACACCCAUCCAUCCAUUCGCCAACCAACCUCUCCUCCCAGUACCCUUCCCCAUCCUAUCCCCUCCCUACCCUCCUUAACCGAGGAACCACUCUUUUCGUCUACCAUAGUUAGGGCCGAGCUACUCCGGCUGAAACCUGCCAAAUCGCCUGGCCCAGAUAUAAUUCCGCCCUAGCACUUCGUGAACUUGCUAAUGAACUGUGCAAACCCUUAUCCGCAAUAUUUCAAAAGUCAUUUGAAGACGGCGAGCUCCCGGAAGAAUGGAAGUGCGCACUCAUUACUCCGAUCCAUAAAGGAGGCUCAAGACUUGACUGCGGAAAUUAUCGUCCUGUCAGUCUUACUUGCAUCGCGUGUAAAAUAAUGGAACGCAUUAUCAAACGACACUUGAUGAAAUACCUGGAACAGAACAAAAUAUUGUGCGAUGCCCAACACGGCUUUCGUCCAGGGCGCUCCUGCCUAACGAGUGUUCUUUACUCGCACGAGAAAUGGACACGAGCUACCGAUAAGGGUUUUCCAGUAGAUGUCAUAUUUUUGACUUCAAGACGGCCUUUGACAGUGUCCCACACAGGCUUCUUUUACAAAAUAUCUGGGAUGCAGGGAUUCAAGGGAGAAUGUUUAAGUGGAUCAGGAGUUUUCUGUCCUCCAGACUACAAAGAGUCGUCGUUAGUAAUUCUACCUCGGAAUGGGUAAAGGUGGAAAGUGGUGUCCCACAGGGUUCUGUCUUAGGCCCAGUACUCUUCCUGAUUUAUGUUAAUGACUGCAUCAGCGAAGUGAAUUGCGAGGCUCUCAUGUUCGCGGAUAACAUAAAAAUAUGGAGUGAAGUCGAAUGCGAUGAUGACGCAGAGAAGUUGCAGUCGAACAUCGACAAACUGUGUGCUUGGUCGAACAGAUGGCUUUUGAAGUUUAACGUGUCCAAAUGCGUGGUUUUGCACCUGAACACCGGCCGCAAUGCCUCUCCCAAACACCAGUACUAUAUUGACGGGACGAGGUUAGAAACUGUGGAAAGACACAGAGAUCUGGGUGUAUGGACGAGCACAAAUCUAUCGCCAUCAGAACACUGUAGAAAGAUGGUCCAGAAGGCAACUAGUACUCUACAUUGGAUCAGACGUGCAUUUAAAAUAUUUCCUCCCGAACUUUUCGAAAGACUCUUUGGUGUCUUUGUAAGACCUCAUCCAGAGUAUGGAAUGCCAGCAGCUGCACCAUGGAUGAGGAAGGGUAUCAACUUACUCGAACAGGUGCAACGCAGAGCGACAAAGAUGGUCGACGGUCUGAAGCAUUUGUCUUAUCAGGAGAGGCUGAAUUUCCUUGGCCUAUUCCCUCUCUCUUAUAGACAUAUAAACUGCAGUCUACUCUGGACGUUCCGGAUUGUUCGCGGCCAGGGUUGCUCAUUAAGAGCAGAGGACUUCUUUGAGUUCGCCCGUACAAACCAACUACGCGGCCAUGCAUAAAAAGUCGGGAAUGAGCGCACGCGUUUAGACCGACGAAAAUUUUCAUUCAGCCAGCGGGUUGUCAGACCGUGGAACUCGCUUCCAAGCGAGAUGGUGACGGCUGACACAGUUUGUGUGUUUAAAAGAAAACUUGCUCGUCUAGUUUUCGUCAGAAAUCGGCUUGUACAGCAUGACUAUGCACAGCCAGUUUUGUAAAAUCUGUCAUAUACAAUCUUCCGCACUAAUUUACAGAGACCCCAUGCACUACCUUAUGAUUACGAUUGAACUGUGACCCAAUCACAUUUUAAAUGCCUGCAAUUUAAUUUUAUUUUUGAGUAUGAAUCUGCGAAAGCACUGUACAUAAAUAGGGUCAUCAAGGGCUCUGCCUGUAACCCUUCAAUAUACAUAUACAUAUACAAUACCAAUAACAACAACAACAAUACUCAUUCUCCUCAUCAUACCUCUUCUUCCUCUUCCUCUGCCUAUUCUUCUCCUUCGUCAUCUUCUUCACCAUCUCCUUCCCGCCGCCCCACUCGUUGUCACCAGACUGGCAGUGUGAGCCCGCUCACUCUGGCAGCCUGGAAUGUUCGUACCCUUUUAGACAAUCCGAGGAGCAACCGACCGGAACGGAGUACGGCGCUAGUGGCACGGGAACUGGCGCGCUACAAGGUGGACAUCGCCGCACUCAGCGAGACCCGAUUCUCCGAAGAAGGCCAACUGGAGGAGGUGGGUGCCGGCUACACCUUCUUUUGGAGCGGUCGACCCAGGGCAGAGCGACGUGACGCGGGUGUCGCCUUCGCCAUUCGGAACGACAUCGUGGGACGACUGCCCUGUUUGCGGCAGGGCAUCAACGAUCGCCUGAUGAGCCUCCGCCUGCCUCUCCGGCGAGGAGGCAAAUUCGCCACCAUCAUCAGCGCCUACGCUCCGACGAUGACCAACCCCGACGCCGUCAGAGACAAAUUCUACGAGGACCUGCACGCCCUCUUGGCGACUGUGUCGAAGGCGGACAAGUUGAUUGUCCUUGGUGACUUCAACGCCCGCUUCGGCACAGACCAUACUGCCUGGAGAGGAGUGCUGGGUCCCCACGACAAUGGUCUGCUGCUGCUCCGCACCUGCGCAGAACACCGCCUCAUCCUGACGAACACCUUCUUCUGUCUGCCGGAGCGAGAGAUGUCAAUCUGGAGGCAUCCUCGGUCGCGCCAGUGGCACCUGCUGGACUAUGUCCACGUCCGGAGGGGAGAUCAGCGGGACGUGCUGGUGACGAAGGCGAUCGCGGGUGCUGACGGGUGGACCGACCAUCGCCUCGUCAUCUCGAAGAUGCGUAUUCGCCUACAGCCUCGCAGGAGACCACAAGGUAAGCGACCCCCAGGUAAGCUGAAUGUUGCCUUGUUGUCUUUGCCCGCUCACCAUCUUCAUUUCAGCAAUGAGCUAGCUCAAACGCUAGACAACUUUCCUAUCGCUGCCGACGCCGCCGCUGCCGAGAACGCCUCCGUGGAGAACCGCUGGUGUCAACUGCGAGACACGGUCCAGUCGACGGCGCUCGUCGUCCUCGGUCGCGCUCCCCGCCAACACCAGGACUGGUUCGACGACAACGACGCCGCCAUCAGAAAUCUGCUAGCUGAGAAGAACCGCCUUCACAAACCCUACGUAGAUCACCCCACUGAGGACAACAAAGCUGCUUUCUACCGCAGUCGCCGCCAACUUCAGCAACGACUGCGCGAGAUGCACGACGCCUGGACUGCUCGCAAAGCUGAGGAGAUCCAAGGGUACGCGACCGAAACGAAUGGAAGAACUUCUUCUCUGCGAUCAAAGCUGUCUACGGUCCGCCGACGAAGGGCACUGCUCCUCUCCUCAGCGCCGACGGCAACACUCUCCUGACUGAGAAGACGCAAAUCCUGCAGCGAUGGGUCGAGCAUUUCCGAGGCGUCCUCAACCGCCCCUCCGUCAUCUCCGACGCCGCCAUCGAGCGUUUGCCGCAAGUAGAGACCAACGCCGACCUCGACCUCCCGCCAUCUCUCCAGGAGACCAUCAGGGCCGUGCAGCAGCUCUCCAGCGGGAAAGCACCCGGAUCGGACGCAAUCCCUGCUGAGGUCUACAAGUACGGAGGUCCCCAACUGAUGGAUCACCUGACUGCGCUCUUCCAAGAGAUGUGGCGUCAUGGUGAAGUCCCGCAAGAUUUCAAAGACGCAAUCAUUGUGCAUCUCUACAAGUGCAAAGGCAAUCGCCAAGUCUGCGACAAUCACCGCGGCAUCUCCCUGCUGAACAUCGCCCGGAAGAUCUUCGCACGAAUCCUCCUCAACCGCCUCAAUAACCAUCUGGAACAGGGCCUUCUGCCGGAAAGCCAAUGCGGCUUCCGUCGUCAUCGUGGGACCACGGAUAUGUGUGUGUCAGGAGAAGUGUCAGGAUAUGCGGGCCCACCUGUACUCUACCUUCGUGGACCUGACGAAAGCCUUCGACACGGUAAAUCGUGA